AUGUGGACACUCCAGCAGCCCAGGAAGGGUCUGGGCAGGGAGAGAGACCACACCAAGCUGCCAACCACGGUGGCUCCCGCAAAGAAGGAUGGAGAGAAGAAGAAGGGCCGUUCUGCCAUCAACGAGGUAGUAACCAGAGACUACACCAUCAACAUUCACAAGCGCAUCCGUGGAGUGGCUUUGAAGAAGCAUGCCCCUCGGGCACUCAAAGAGAUCCGGAAAUUUGCUAUGAAGGAGACGGGAACCCCAGAUGUGCGCAUCGACACCAGGCUCAACAAAGCUGUCUGGGCCAAAGGAACAAGGAAUGUUCCAUACCGUAUCCAUGUGCGGUUGACCAGAAAACAUAACAAGGAUGAGGAUUCACCAAACAAGCUCUGUACGUUGGUUACCUAUGUACCUGUCACCACUUUCAAAAAUCUACAGACUGUUAACCCCUGUGCGUUUUUGCAUCUCAACCAUCACUUCCUCAAGGAAGCUCUGGACCACACCAACGGGGUCCAGCUGACCAGACCAGUUCUCACAGGCAGAGACUGCGUGGAUCUGUGCUUCUCUGUAUUCCUAGUGCCUGGCACGUAG